CUACUCACAAAGAUCAAACUUUACAAAAAACUUAAAAAUUUCACCUAAAGAUUUUGCUCUGCUUUUUCUACCAUUUUCAUCAUCUUCUAUAAACUCACUCUCAGAUUGCAACUUAGGUGUGCAAUGAGUCAGCAAAGAAAACAACUCACAAGUAGUAUUGAUCCUGAGCUUGAGAGAUAUAAACGCAAGUAUUACGAGGAAGAUGUAGUUGUUUGGCCUUGGAUGGCUGUUGUGGCUAAUAUCCCCAAGACAAAUACUGGCAAAGAGCUUAAAGAUAACUGGAUAAACCAAGGGUACUAUCCGGUAAAAGUUACGCCUUUGUGUCUGUAUGACUUCCGAUGUCAUACAGGGCUUGCUGUCGUUGAAUUCGCAAGAAAUUGGGAUGGCUUUGGUCAUGCUAUGAUGUUUGUGAAGGCUUUUGACAUCAACAGACAUGGAAGAGAAGACUGGUAUGAGUAUGAUAGGAGAAGGUCCAAAGAUGAUGAUAGGAGAAGGCCCAAAGAUGAUAAGUUGUAUGCUUGGUUUGCUGGAAAGGAUGAUUACAAGUCUUCCGGCUGGCUUGGUGAGUAUCUGAGAAAGAACGGUGAUAUGAAGACUAUUUCAGAAAUUAAAAAACUAGAAGAAAGAAAAGAUCAAAAGUUUGUGCAAGGGUUGAAAACCAUGUUGGAAGAAAAGGGCAAGAGAAGUGAAGAAGUUCAGAAUCAGAUAAGUAAGACAGAUUCACAUAUAGUGACUGUUAUGAAGCAGAAGGAAGUGAUGACCGAGAAUUUUAAUAAAGAUAUGAAAAGGAUGCAAGAGAAGGCCAAUGAGCAGCUAAAGUAUAUUACUUUUGAGCACGAAAAGAGCAAAUUGCAGUUAGAAGAUCGUGAAAAGAAGCUAAAAGCACGUGAAGCCAAAAAUGAAGUUGAGAAAAGGAAGCUUGAAAUUGAGAAGAGAAUGAAUAGGAUGGCACUUCUGGAACAGAAGAAGGCAGAUGAAAGAAUGUUGAAGCUGGCCGAAGAUCAGAGGAAACAAAAAGAAAAACUGCACAGACAAAUCAUAGAGCUUCAGAAAAAACUUGAUGAUAAGCAGCGGUUGGAGCUACAAAUCAACCAUAUGAAGGGAAAGUUAGAAGUGAUGAAACACAUGGCUGAACAAGAUGCCGAAGCUAAGAAGAAAAAGCAGUCAAUUGAAAAAGAUCUGAAGGCAAAAAAAGAGGAACUUGAGGACUUAGAAGAUCUGUGCCAAGUCUUAGUCGUAAAAGAACGAAUGACCAAUGAUGAAUUGCAGGAUGCGCGUAAAGAAUUAAUUUCUGGUUUGAAGGGACAGGGACAAGUUGGACGUGCAACUAUCGGUGUGAAGAGAAUGGGUAAGCUUGAUCAAAAGCCUUUUACUGAUGCUGGUAAGAAACUUGGCACUGGUAAAGAUGGGGUUGAGAGUAUGAAAAAUUUGGCGGCUUUGUGGGAGAAGCAUCUGAGGGAUCCAAACUGGCAUCCCUUUAAGGCCAUCAAUGUUGGAGAGAAGUGUGAGGAGAUACUCGAUGAAGAAGACGAGAAGAUAGCAAGCCUGAAGAUGGAGUAUGGCGAGGAAAUAUGUGAUGCUGUUGUGACUGCUCUGAAAGAACUGAAUGAGUACAAUGCGAGUGGCAGAUAUCCGUUGCCAGAGCUUUGGAAUUUCAAAGAGAACAGAAAGGCAUCCUUGAAAGAGUGUGUUGAAUAUAUUCUCAGGCAGUGGAAGUCAUGCAAAAAACAAAAACAUUGAAAUAGUUUACUGAUUAUAUCCAAGUGGUACGAAGAUCUUAAAAGAUAAAGGCAAAUCAUCUUAAAAGAUAAAGGCAAAUCGAGUAUACGGGACCCCAAGAAUCUAGGGUAUGUUUAAUUUUGUGGAAUUUGUCCUGUGAAUGAAUCCAAGUAGAGAUGUAUUAAUAGAACCGUAACUAUGUCGUAUUGUAGAACAGUGAAAUUUGGCAGAAUGUUUGCGUAUUUUUGUUUAACUGAAUGAUGCAAAAUUCAGAUUGCAUGUCUUGGAUGAAAGACGGGUUAAGCUGCAACGACUGUAAGGUGUAGAGAUAAUUAUAUGUUGGAAUUUUAUUAGGUGAACGUGUAAACUAUGUUGCAAUUGUUUGUGAUCAAACAGAUGGAUUGUGAUUGAA